AUGGCUGCCGCUGCCGACCGGAGCUCGAUGGACAUUGACAGCAAUGAUCCCCGACUUAGCUCGGCUAAUGGUGUGAACGGGGGGCAUGCCGAAAAGAGUCCUACCCCUCCUCCUCACAGAUCGAAUGGAACCACCGCCGAGGCGGAUUCAUUCAAGUUGGCGGGAAAUAAGUUCUUUAAAGAUCGCAAUUAUGCAAGGGCUAUCGAAGAGUUCAGCAAAGCUCUGGAGAUUAACCCUAAUUCGUCCGUGUACCUAUCCAACCGGGCGGCUGCAUACAUGGCCGCCCACCAGUACCUGAAUGCUCUGGAGGACUGUGAACGGGCUAUUGAGCUCGAUCCGUCUAACGUUAAGAUUCAGUAUCGUCUGGCCCGUAUUCUCACCAGUCUGGGCCGCCCGCAAGAGGCCCUCAAUGUCUUCGCCCGCACGGAUCCUCCCGCCUCGGCGACCGACCGCGCACCCGCCGAGAAGAUGAUUCGUUUCGUUACACAGGCGGAAGAAACCCUGAGUCAGGAUCGGGGAGUGUCGAUGGCUCUGUUCUGUCUGGAUCAGGCGAGACAGCUCUUGGGCAAUGGCGUUAAGGAGCCUCGCAAGUGGACCUUGAUGACUGCCGAAGCGCAGCUGAAGAUGGCUAACGAGAACUCGUUUGCCAAGGCACAGGAUAUUGCGAUGGGAAUGCUUCGACAGAACAAUCAAGAUCCCGAUGCUCUAAUGAUCCGUGCCCGUGCCUUCUACGGUCUGGGAGAGACUGAGCAGGCGCUGAAGACCCUUAAGAUAUGUAUCAGCUUGGAUCCCGAUAUGAAGCCGGCUAUAAAGCUGCUCCGUACCGUGCAGAAGUUGAUGCGCACGAAGGAAGAGGGCAACAAUGCCUUCAAGGCCAAGGAUUAUCGCAAGGCCAUCGACCUUUGGUCGGAGGCUUUAUUGGUGGAUCCGAACAACAAGGAUAUGAACGCCAAGAUCCUGCAGAAUCGUGCUCAGGCAUAUAUCAAUCUUAAGGAAUACGAUAACGCGGUCAACGACUGCAACGAGGCCUUGCGGCUGGAUUCAUCGUACAUUAAGGCACAGAAGAUGCGUGCCAAGGCUCAUGGCGGAGCAGGCAACUGGGAAGAAGCAGUACGUGAUUACAAGGCUGUAGCUGAAGCCAACCCCACCGAGAAAGGUAUCCAGGAAGAGAUUCGCCGGGCCGAGUUUGAGCUCAAGAAGGCCCAACGGAAGGACUACUACAAGAUCUUGGGUGUGUCUAAGGAUGCUUCCGAACAUGAGAUCAAGAAGGCCUACCGCAAGCUGGCCAUUCAGUUCCACCCUGAUAAGAACCGUGAUGACCCGCAUGGUGAUGAGAAAUUUAAGGAGAUCGGAGAGGCCUAUGAGACUUUGAUCGAUUCUCAGAAACGCGCCGCUUAUGACAACGGUGAUGACCUUAUCGACCCUGCUGACAUGUUCGCCGGCCGUGGCGGUGGCUUCGGCGGCUUCGGCGGCAUGGGAGGCAUGGGAGGCAUGGGCGGAAUGGGCGGAAUGGGCGGUAUGGGUGGUAUGGGUGGUACCCAUAUCAAUAUUGACCCCAACAUCCUCUUUAAUAUGAUGAAUGGCGGCGGCGGUGGUGGCGGAUUCGCACAAGCCGGCGGAAAUCCCUUCGGCGGCCAGUCCCGUGGCGGCGGAUUCCCUGGCGGAUUUCCCUUCUAA